CGGGAUUUAAUAUGAAGCAGCUAAAUUUAGUAGUGCUUUCCGCAUUCUGGGUUGUGUCAAUCCAGGGCCAGAAAGUUGCUGUUUCGACAAUUGAGGAUGCUUCUUUUGCUUCAGCAUGCUCUCUCAACAUCAACAAUCAACUGCCUCAGCCGCAGCCACUGUUCCUGAUCCCGGAUACUGAACAGUUCCGAUAUCCAGCAUCAAACGAUCGGAUAUUGAGCCUCAAUGCGGGAGAAACUAUCGAGCUAGCCUGUGAAAAUGGUUUCAAUUUGUUUCCGGAAAAACAUUCGAUUAUAGUUUCUUGUGUGCUGAAUCAAUUUUUCAACCACGACAGUAGAAUGUACCAAUUUUCCGAGCUCUCCUGCACCAACAACUGGUUUAGCAAAGCCCGCCGUACGAAUGUUUCUUGUGAAAUUGGAGCUUCGAUUGUGGAGUUAGGAUUCGACAUGGGCAAUGAUCGGUUUCCGAAGAUAAUGGACAUUUGUCACAACGAAAAUACGUUUGAGAACCACUGGAUUAAGCACGAGUUUCAUCGUGCUCAUGCCGGAUAUCAGCAGGGAGUUGCUAGGCCCAAUUGGUAUCAGGGAGAUUUCUACCCGGGAGUGAACGUCAAUACGUUGUAUACGGUUGUGCGUCAGCGUGAAACAAUAGCAGACAUUCUGGAAUCUCAGGAGUUGGCUGAUCACUUGGUGCGAGAUGUGAACAGUGGGGUUUACAUGGCCCGAGGACACAUUGCUUCGAGGACCGAUUUUGUUUACGCAACCCAUCAGAAUGCGACUUUCUGGUUUUUGGUUGUGGCUCCGCAAUGGCAGAACUUCAAUGAGGGCAAUUGGCUGAGGGUGGAAGAAAGUGCUCGGAACUUUGUGGCUAGGCGUAACAUUCGCGUCACUGUUUAUGGUGGAACUUACUUCGUCAAUUCACAGGUUAACGCGGAAGGAGAAGAACGCGAUAUCUAUCUGGACUGGGAAUCUGGUAGGAGUAGCAAUCGCCUGCCUGUUCCGGGACUCUACUACAAAAUUCUACACGAUGAGCAUCACAAAUCCGGUAUUGCUCUGAUCGGUGUCAACGACAUUCAUCGAUCUUUGGAGCGGAUCCAAGAGCUUAUUCUGUGCGAUGAUAUUGCUGAUAAAAUUUCCUGGAUCAACUGGGAUAGAAGCAAUUUGGGACGAGGUUAUGUUUACGCCUGUGAAGUGAAUGAUUUCCUGUCGAAAAUCGGUCACUUGCAGGAUCUGUAUGUACCAAAUUUGUUGAUUUAAGAGGAAAAUAUA